AUGAACGGAGAGCAAAUACUAAACUUGGGGCUGGCGGGUGUCUCCUGCUCCGCGGCGCAGACAUGUGUUCACCCUUUCGAAACUGCCAUGGUUUUCCAGCAACGAGCCAAAUCCUCCUCUGUUCGCCCCUUUCCCGUCGUCAUGGCGGAGCUCUACAAAACAGAAGGUUUUUCCGGUUGGUACCGAGGAAUCACCGCUUCUCUCGCCCGAGAAUCAAUCUACUCUUCCCUCCGAUUCGGUCUCUACGAGCCGUUUAGGGAUGGUUUCGGCGCGAUCAUCGACAAAGACUCAAACCUCCAGCGAAUUCUCUCGCGAAUGGCAGCCGGUUGCUCGGCUGGAGGAUUAGCCGCUGUCGUCGCAUGUCCUACGGAGUUGUUAAAAGUUAGAGCUCAAGGAUACGUAGGAAAACCGCCGCAGUUUCACAGGCUAAUCGUCGAAGUAGGCGGCACGCCUUUCAAGUUGCGCAACUUUUACGAAGGUGUUUCAACAACAGUCGUCAGAGCGAUGAGCAUAGGAAUAACAAAAAUGGCGGUCUACAACGAAGUCAAAGAUUUCCUCAAAAGAACGCCUUCUUCAGACGAAUCAUCAAGAAAAAGUUCUACAUGGCAAAGUUUCGUUCCCUUCCUCCACUCAUGGAAAGACAGCGACUUUACAAAAUAUGGUCAUAAGGAGGCACCGACAAAUCCUGAACGACUGGGGCUGAUAUUUUGUACUUCCAUUAUUACUGGUUUUGCUAUAACUUGCUCGAGUUCUCCCUUUACAAAUGCUCGAACCAUGAUCAUGACGAAUCCUGGAAAGUUCUCUGGUAUGCCUGCAGCUCUCGUUUACAUCGUCAGGAAUAAUGGAUAUUUGGGACUCUUCCGCGGGUUCUCAGCUCAGUGGGCUCGAUUUGGACCAUAUGCUCUCAUUCAAUUUUUCUGUUGGGAGCAACUUCGAUACUUCUUUGGAAUGAAACCUAUUUAA